UAAGUUAUUUUUUAAAUUUUUUUUUUUCAAGUUUCUAUAGCAAUUCUAAUCUUUUAAUGAGUUUUAAAAGUGGUUUCGAUAAGUGAUCGGAAGACGUUAGCUCCGUUGAUGAUCGGAAAAGAGCUUGCCACAUCACUAAGGAUUUGCUCCUUAAAACCUCUUAAUUUAGGACUGCUCCUUACCAAACUGAGCUUUGUUAAUAUUAUUUUAUUCCAAUUAGUCUAGGAUUAUGUGCUAAGGACCCUCAAAAUAUACAGUUGCGGGUGGUCCAACCUCUUAUGCAAACACUUUGUAUAUAAGUGAGACCAACUCCUCAUACUUACUCACAACACAAACAAUACACUUUCGUCUUUACACAAACAUCAGCGAAUAAAAAGUUUGAUCAUGAAUGCUUUCACAGCCACAUCACUUCCAAUCGUUGCGAUUAGCAUUUUGCUUAUUGCAUCCAGCGUUCAGAGCAUUGAACAGCAAGACUUCAUAAACACUCACAACGCUGCACGUUCGCAGGUCGGAGUUCCGAACCUUGUAUGGGACGCAGCAGUUGCGAGUUACGCACUGAACUACGCAAAUGCUAGAAAAUCCGACUGCAACCUCGUGCACUCGACCGGACCAUACGGAGAAAACCUAGCCAAGGGAAGUAGCAGCACGUUCUCGGCCAUAUCGGCCGUCAAUCUUUGGGUCGCUGAGAAACCUUACUACAACUACACCACCAAUUCUUGCACAGGUGGACAACAAUGCCUGCAUUACACGCAGGUGGUGUGGAGAGAGUCAGUGAAAUUAGGGUGCGCUAGGGUUCAGUGCACCAAUGGUUGGUGGUUCGUGACUUGUAACUAUGACACACCCGGCAAUUACAUCGGAGAGUACCCUUACUAA